AUGUCUUCACAGUAUAAGCCGAAAGUUUGUGACCUCCGAGUUACGGAGCUCAGAAUAGAAUUGGAAAUUCGCGAGCUUGACUCGGCUGGGAAAAAGGCUGAUUUACUCGAUCGUCUGAAGAACGCACUAAAAGAAGAGGAUCAUGAUCCAGAAACCUACGUGUUUGAGGACAGGCAUGCUGCUUUGAUUUCGUCAAUUUCUAAUGACAUUACAUCGUUAGAGAACAAAGUUUCUGGAGACAUUACAUCAUUAGAGAACAAAGUUUCUUCUGGCGAUGUUUCGAAAGUUUCGGCGAAUAUAACAUCAUUAGAACAUAGAGCUUCUAGUGAUAUUUUGAAAGUUUCGGGUGAUAUUUCAUCUCUUGAAAGCAAGAUGACUGACGAGAUAUCUGCUAGCAUCUCUAAGUCACCUCUGAUUUUGACGACAAAAUAUCAUCCCUAA